AUGACGAUGGUGACGGACCCGACUCUCGACGAUGACAGGUGGGGAUUGUUUGUAUUCUACAAGCACAAGUUUUUCUUCGAAGAGAACGAUUACGAUGUCAGUGAAUUCUUUUUCUACCCAUACGGCCAGGAGAUUCGCCGCCCCAAUACCAUCGAGCUGGUCAAGAGAUUCCUCAAACAAGUCCGCGAAUCCAGGGGUUAUGACGUGGAUUGCUACCCGCCUCUUAGGCUUGAAUCUCCAUUCAUACCACUUCAAUUGGAAGAGCUGCGCCAGAGUAAACGUGAUAUUGAUCAACGCUGCUAUGCUAUAAUUGUCAAAGCUGCUGAGUGUGCAAUUCAGAAAAUCAUUGAAGAGACUCAGGGUGACCAUUAUAAGCUUGUGAAAAUCGAGAGGGCUGUCUUUACCAGGAUCUUGGUGAUGUUCUUGACUUUGACCGUGAAGGAUGUUGGACCUGUGCAAACUGUUCAAGCCGCGGUCUAUUGCCCAAUUGGUAAAGAUCCAGUCGUUCACGAGUGGAGGUUCAAACCACUCCGUGCUACAUCAGAUGAUAUGCUGAGUGCUACUUCGGAUGAUACUCUGAAAAACGAUUAUGACGUCAGUGAAUCCUAUUUCUACCUGCCCGGCGAGGAGAUUCGCCCCAAUACCAUCGAGCUGGUCAAGAGAUUCCUCAAACAAGUCCGCGAAUCUAGGGGUUAUGACGUGGAUUGCUGCCCGCCUACUAGCCUUGACACGCCAUUCAUACCACUUCAAUUGGAAGAGCUGCGCCAGAGUAAACGCGAUAUUGAUCAACGCUGCUAUGCUAACAUUGGCGAAGCAGCUGAGUGUGCAAUUCAGAAAAUCAUUGAAGAGACUGGUAACCAUUAUAAGCUUGUGAAAAUCGAGAGGGCUGUCUUAACCAGGAUCUUGGUGAUGUUCUUGACUUUGACCGUGAAGGAUGUUGGCCCUGUGGAAACUGUUCAAGCCGCGGUCUAUUGCCCCAUUGGUGACUAUCCAGUCGUUCACGAGUGGAGGUGGGGAUUGUUUGUACCGUACAAGCGCAAGUUUUUCUUCGAAGAGAACGAUUAUGACGUCAGUGAAUACUAUUUCUACCUGCCCGGCGAGGAGAUUCGUCCCAAUACCAUCGAGCUGGUCAAGAGAUUCCUCAAACAAGUCCGCGAAUCCAGGGGUUAUGACGUGGAUUGCUACCCGCCUCUUAGGCUUGAAUCUCCAUUCAUGCCACUUCAAUUGGAAGAGCUGCGCCAGAGUAAACGUGAUAUUGAUCAACGCUGCUAUGCUAACAUUGUCGAAGCAGCUGAGUCUGCAAUUCAGAAAAUCAUUGAAGAGACUCAGGGUGACCAUUAUAAGCUUGUGAAAAUCGAGAAGGCUGUCUUAACCAGGAUCUUGUUGAUGUUCUUGACUUUGACCGUGAAGGAUGUUGGCCCUGUGCAAACUGUUCAAGCCGCGGUCUAUUGCCCUAUUGGUAAAGUUCCAGUCGUUCACGAGUGGAGGUUCAAACCACUCCCUGCUACAUCGGAUGAUAUGCUGAUUGACUGA